CAAACAUGAAAAGCACAUCGAAGAGCCUUGGCACUGCUAAUGUUCGGAAGCCAAAGGCCCACGCGUUUUCCAGCUCCGUGAUCAUACAUUUGCAGGAUGGGUGGCCACUCCUCCAGGACCGCACCAGAUUUACCGCUGCCACAUCAAGAGGUGGUGAGCCUUCAGGGCUCGGGUGGCCGUGUCCAGGACCGUCCCGCAGGGUACCUGGCGGCGGCCAACACGGCGGCGCGCUUGGCGCAGAAGUGCGAGACGGGGCAGGUCAAGGUGCAACUCGCAUGGCUUCCGCAUUCCUUCCAACUCCAGAAGGGCCCCAGUCGUCACCUCUGGGAGAUCCACGGGACCUUCACGGCCGAGGGGCCGUGUACCUUGUCGGCGCACUUCCACUGCCGUGAGAGGACAUCCUCCUCCGGUGUGCUGAGAUACGAAGCAGCAGACACAUCGGGACCUCCAAGCUGGAGUGCCUCCUAUCCCGCAGGGAAGCACGAGCUGCGGCUGGCUGGAGACAAGGCCAUCGACUUUCAGCGAUGGCCCUUAGAGGUCUUUUGGAAGCUGAAACACAAGCGAAUGGAUGUGAUCCCCGUGGUCUUUGUCCUGGACAUGCCAGGUGUACAGUCAAUCGUGCACAUCAGCUUGGAGGUCUCGAAGGAGGCCGCGCUGAAUUUGCAGUUGAAACUUUUGCGACAGAAGGUCGUCAUCGACCAGAAGGAAUACCUCCUUGAAGAGAUCUAUGGCCUAGCUGAUUUGGCCAAGGAGGAUGGAGCUCACGAUGAAAGCUCUCACGGCGAACCGUGCGUGGUGUGCUUAAGUGACCCACGCACGACGGCGAUUCUCCCCUGUCGGCAUUUAUGCCUUUGCGAGGAGUGUGCACGGGAGCUUUCGAUCGGAGCACAGCUCAGGGGUGACACCUGCCCCAUUUGUCGUGGGAAGAUUCAGCAUGUGCAGGUUUUCGAGCUGAAAUCGUGACAGGGCUCGGUUCUGCUGCGAAAAGAGCCGGGCCGGGAUCAGGGCUCGAGGGGCUCGGUUCGGAGGGCGGCUCCGGGAGGUGGAUCCGGUGUGGGACCGAGCCAACACAUGGGGUUCAUACCAAGCAACC